GUUGGUUGAUGCGGCAUGGCGGCGUUCCGUUUGCCAAAGAUUUCGGUUGUUUGUUUGCGGAAGCACCGAAGUGCAAGGCAAGUUUGACCCCAUUUGCGAGAGCGUAAAAUAGUCUUGACGAAUUUAACGACGGUAAAUAUGACACACUGGGUGGUGCAUCCACUUCGCGGGUGGCUAGCGUUUCUAUCGCUAACAAAUUUGGGCACGGGCCUCCGUUGCCUUUGGGAAGAGGGGUUCAUGCAACAACGAAUCUUCACCGAGCUGAAAACUUCCGACGGCCUUCCUGGCUGUCCUGAGAUGGAGCGCACUUUUGGAUUCUGGUCUGUCUUCAACGCCAUCCUGUUCCUCCACUGCAGUAUCUUCCUCGAGGAGCCACCGAUAUUUUCGAUGACCGUCUUCUCCCUCACCGUCUACCUGGCCUACUUUGCCAACGAAGCUUUUGUGCAUCACUCCAUCUCGAGGGGAGGAGCUGCCCUUUUCCCCAUUCUUUUGAGUGCACUUACGAUGUUGUGGCUUGCGGUCGCCUACAAGUUCAUCUGGCCCUCGAGUCGUAAAGAAGAUGACGACAAUGAAAAUGAGCAUCUUGCCGAACGACUGUCGACGCAGCAGCCAAGGCUUAAACGAAAAACUAAGUUCUCCUGAGCCUGACAUUGCAGUCUUUGUAUUACAAAUAUACACGCAUACUAGUCACUGCAAAAGAUAUUCAGUCGUAUCAUAAAAUUGGUGUUCAUAUUUCUUGCCAUAGAUGCGUUCAGCUCGUCAUUCACAGGUUCUUGGUUCUUUCGUUGAGGUCACUGUUAAAGUUUCGCUUAAUUGAUUCAUCACUUUUAUUAGGUUAGGUAGUGGCGCUGAGAAAAUGCUGGGGCAUGCCAGCUUGCAGAAACUGAGCUACGAAUCGAUUGUAUAUACAUUAGGAAUUUUCGUGCAUUAAUCUUCGAGGCACUGCAUUUUUGUGUAUAUCUAGUCACAAGUACUUUUCUCAUGCGAAUCUGGGGGUCAUUGGCUGGUGCUCAUUUGCACUAUCUUUCAUUGUCGCAUUUUAUAUAAUUGUUUCAGUUUGGUCAUAUGAAGCAGUGAUAUUGGUGACCUGAAAUUUUGAAUGAUGACAAUGCAAUAUAGUUCUGGAGUCAAAAGUGCCAUGAAAAGAGGAUAGUACUGGCAGUGGGGGACUGGACGGUCUUUCUAUAAUUUUACGAGAUUAUGUGACUGUGGCAGCUAGUGUGAGUUCCCGCUGACAUUUUUGUCGAUGCGGGUCACGAAGGGAGACAGUUUCUUUCUUUUGUUUUGCUAAUAUGGGCCCUGUUUGGACACUGGCUUACCUCCAAUGAGGCUGAACAAAUGCAUUAUCCACUGCCUUGAUAUAAUCCUUCAAUAUCAAAUGGAUGUAAAGUGUUUCAUUGCUCCUUUAUUUCCAGGCAGAAGGGCACUGUAGAAAAUGCUGCCUGUGGCAUAAAAUGUUGACCCAGAGAAUCACACUGUUAUGCUUCAAGACAACUAGAUUGUGGCUGCUUGACUAACAUAUAGGCUUGCAUCCACUGUCUACAAAGGGACUGUAGCAUGUUGCCUUUCCCUUGUGUAUUGCAUCCGUGGGGGCCUCAACUGCCUUGACACGUAUUAAGUGACAAUGAUGUUGAUGUAUUUCUAGGGUACUGUGACAUCUCGGGAAAUCUCCCCUAAAAGUGCAACUUCACUGGUUGUCUAACAAGGUUGAAAUGACGCGUCACAUCGUGCAUGUGUGGCAGAGCUUUUAUUUCGUAUGAAUAUAGCUAUCACAAGAGACACUGUUGCAGUAAAGUCCAGUCUUUGUCAUUUGCAUGUCACGAGAAUGUGUGCAAGUAUUUUUUUUGUCUGGCAUCAUUCGUUCUGGGGCAGCUCUUAAUUGUACCAGUGAUUUUUGUUUUUGUGAGCAAUAAAAUGAAAUGAGGCGCAUGACCUGCACUUUGCACUUUGCAUGAAAGAUAUUUUAGUGUGAGUCUGACAAUGGAAUGUCUGAAUUUCCUCCUCAUUAAAUUAAUCUUUGUUGGCAGGAGAUGGAGAGAAUAAUUCACACUCCUGGGGCUCGUGUACGUUAUGAAUUUUCAUCCAUCACACUGCACCACAAAUGUAAUUUCGAGUGUAUGAAAUGUGCCCAUCUACAUGCAUGCUUUUUUUUACUAUUUUCUACAUUGACUGCACAUUUAUUUACCUCUGACACAGGUGCAAAUCAUAAAAGAAAGAAAAAUCUAAUCGUAAUGAGAUAAAUCAAAACGAAUAUUACAACUGGAACCAUUAAAAAUAAAAAAAAAGCUACCUAACUUGUAAAAAAAAAAAAAAGU